CUCUUGGUUAUGUGUAGUCUAUGAGAAUAUGGCGGUAGCGACAUGUUGCUGACAACUUGAUAUGGGAUGGGCGUCAUUUUAAACGAAUAUAGCUCUUUUUUUCUCAAUAGUGAUAAUGAAUACUGAUAUCACGGCAAAUAAAUAUGGCGAUCAAUUAAUGUUAAAAUCGUUUACCUUAACGGAUCGACAGGUUUCAUCGAAAUUUAUAAAGAGAAAGUGUUCACUUUGUUACGUCGGCCUGUCAAUAGUUAAAUCUCGUGGUAUAGAUAUCGUGUUGUUUAGGGUUUAACAUUUUAAAGACAUAAUUUCGAUAAUAUAGUGCACUUCAUAAAUGUAAAAAUGGCCCGAGAAUAUGAUCAUUUAUUUAAGCUGUUGAUGAUAGGAGAUAGCGGAGUAGGCAAGAGUUCUCUUCUCCUGAGAUUUGCAGACAAUACUUUCAAUGGCAGUUAUAUAACUACGAUAGGAGUGGAUUUUAAAAUACAAACUGUAGAGGUAGAUGGUGAGAGAGUAAAGCUGCAAAUUUGGGAUACGGCUGGACAGGAACGAUUUCGGACAAUAACUUCAACUUACUAUAGGGGAACUCAUGGCGUUAUAGUUGUAUACGAUGUGACCAGUGGUGACUCAUUUGCAAAUGUUAAACGGUGGUUGCACGAAAUAGAGGAAAAUUGUGACGUUGUUAACAGGGUACUUGUAGGAAAUAAGAACGAUGCGCCUAAUCAGAAAGUAGUGCUUACGGAAGAUGCACAAAGGUUUGCCAAUCAAAUGGGAAUUCAAUUAUUUGAAACAUCUGCCAAGGAUAAUAUCAAUGUCGAAGAGAUGUUUAUGGCAAUAACGCGACAAGUAUUACGGACCAAAAGAGAACGGAAUGAGCGUCAAGCUAUACAAACGAACGAAACAGUUAAUUUGAGAAAAAAUACAAAACAGCAUAGGAAAAAAUGUUGUUAACAGUACCGCAAAAAAAGUGAAAACUGUUAAUAAUAUUAUUUUAUACAAUAAUAGGAUAGAGAGAAAAAGAGAAAGAGAGAAAGAGAGAGAGAGAGAGAGAGAGAGAGAGAGAGAGAGAGAGAGAGAGAGAGAGAGAAUAAAACAGCGAGCACGUGUUCGUAAAUUGGCGAACAUGAGAUGCCAUACACCUUGAUAUUUUCUAAAAACCACUAAGUUUUCUAUCACGAUUAUGAAAUUUAAGAUUGCUUCCUAAUGAAAGUUUACUUUGAACUAUAUCCAUAUUCAAAGAAAUCUGAAAUCUCAUGAGCGUAUAUAGCUUAUUCAGCCAAAGUGACUUUGUAUGGUAUUCUGUACUUUUUAUUCGGUACAAGGAUACUAUUUGACGCUGUAAUAAGAACAAAGUUUAUUUAUUUUGUAACAUCUAUAGAGGAAAAUAUGAGUGAAGUAGAUAAAGUGAAAACUUUUGUUCCUCUUUAACAUUCCUUGGAACAUCUGGCAUUUCUGGGAAAAAAAAAGGAAAAAAAAAGGAAAAAAAAAAAAAUAAAAAUAAAUAGAAAAAGAAAAAAGGAAAAAAGGAAAGAAACAAAAAGAAAAACUACACUUAACAAAAUCAAGAAAUAUAAGUUCUGUAUAAAGAUUGAUUUAUCAUUUUAUUGGCUGAGAUAAUUGUGUUUUAUAAAGCAGGUUCGAUUUUUUAAUAAUGUUCAGAGAACAUAGUUAUCUCUUAUAUAAUAUGUUACUCCUUAAUUCUAGAAAAUGUUGUUUAACGAAGUAUCAAUGAUUUUCAAAUGAUUUGCUUCAAAUAUACAGUUUUAAAGAUCGGUAAUCAUUUCUUUAAAUUAAUCCAAAUAUUUGAAUUAUCAUUCGCAUGAAUUGUCAUGCCGCACAAAGAGAAUAGCUAUACGAAGCAAAAGUUUGAACGUUUACAUUAAUUUGAUAUUUCGUAUUCCAUCUAAACCACAAUAAAACACAUAAAGCCAAUUCGAAUGUGUAUACUGAGAAAAGAAGCUUAUUACAAAUAUUAUCAUCCUCACACAAACUUUUAAUUUCAAAGUUGUAAUAUUGUUUUAUAGUAUUUAGUUGCUUACUUUGCAGUUAUUUUUAACUGUAUGCUACAAAAAUAAUGAAAAAUACGAGUGUAAAAUGUUGCUUGGAAGAAUCCAAGAAUUAUUAUUCGUUUGUAUUUAUAAAAAUGAAAUAAGAUUGCAUGCAAAUUCGGAGUAAUAGGAAAUUGUGUAAAAAUCGAUGACUCACUAGAAUGCCCAUUAUUUAUUUGUUUUUUUUUUCUUUUUUUCUUUUCUUUCUUUUUUUUUUUUUUUUUAAAUUUCUCAUAUUAUUUUUCGCGUGUUAAUUUAUUGACGUCAUUGCUAAAAAAAAAUUAUUAAUCGAAAAAAAUUAUGUCUAUUUUGCUUUGGUGUGUGAUUUUAUGUGAACUUUUUAUAUCAACAAUGAAUUAUUUAUAAUCUAGUCUUCUUAUAAAAGUGUGUCCCAUUUCGUCAAAAAGCACAAAAAAAGGAAAGAAUGAAAAUGGCGUCAUUGAAUUAAUAUUAUUUAGCGAAUAUUUUACAUUGCGAAAUAGUAUUAUUUUAAAACGAUAUAUUUUGCAUGAAUCAUAAAGAAACGAAAAUUAAACGAAUAGCAAAUCUUGUUCUUAUAUUAAUGUUUUUGUACACGAACAGUUAGUUCUAAUUUUGUUCGCUACGUUAUUGCAAUAUAAAAUAUGGACAUAUAGAUAUAAUUGAGAGGAAAACGUGGUAUCAUAGUCAUAUUUCGUGAAGUCAUUUGAAAAUGUAAAUAAAUUAUAAAAACAACCUACGA